AUGGCCUCAGUAAACUUUAAUGGGGGCCAAAGUUUUUCUGGGGAUUUUGCUGAGGACAGUGAGCCCACCUCUCUGUCUCACCAGUCCAAGGCACAAAAAAGUGACCACCAUGGCUACAGCGCUCCUAGUCUGUCCAUCGACUCUGGAACCUGCUCCCUUGAGCCUUGCCAGAUGUAUGACCUCAGUGAAAGAGAGGUCCUGGCCUCCACUGUGGUGCAGUAUCUACAGGCCAUGACGGGCCACAGCCACGGCCAGGACAAGCUGACCGCUCUACAGCGUAUGCUGGACCCUGAGGACCAGGAUGCCCUCGUCAGCAGAGACGCCUUCCACACCACCAUGAGGAAGUGGAUCGCUCAGUGUAGCCAAGACAGGUUAUCUGACGACAACUACCAGGCGUCAGGAUCAGAUCUGUGCAAAGCAGCUGGGAGUGGGACUGAAUACUCUUCUUUACUCACUGAAACCACUUUCACAGACCGAGCUGAAUGUCAUUGUGAAUCGAGCGAUUUAUUGGGCCUGGUGGCGGAGCUGAAGCACGCUCAGAACAGGCUGAGUGGGCAGAACAGCAGCCUGUUGAAGACGGUGUCUCAGUGUGAGGAAGCGAACCUUCAGCUGAGUCUGGAGGUGUCAGAGCUGCGCAGCAAACUGGCCAGUGCUCAGCUGUGUGUAGUGCGAGCGCGCUCUCUGUCUGAGGAGCUGGAUGAAGCCAGGAGAGCGCUGAGAGAAAGCCAAGACAGAGCCACCAAAGCUCAGACCAACAGCCAUGCACUGAUGAAGGAGAGUGAACACCUGAAGGCCCGUAUCAAAGCAAUCGAAGAAAAGAAUGAAAAGCUGAUGUUUGAGCGGAGCUGUGCUGAGGACCGGAUGAACAAACUGAAAAGAGCCAACACAGACAUCAGGGAAGAACUGGAGGAGACUCGUGUGUUACUGGCAGUGAAAGAGAGGGAAAUUACCAAGAAAAACAUUGCACUGCAGAAGCUGAAGGACACUUAUCUUGAGCACCACAAAAUCAUCGAGAGUCUGCAAUCUGACUUGAUGAGGUUACAAGAGCACUCACAGCAAGCACUCUUGAGGUUUGACAAAUGUGCUUUGAGUCCUCCUGGAGUGAAGAGAGGCGCUAUCCCUAACCAUUACUCACUACACCAUGAGAUAAUGGAGGCUCAGCCGGUAAUGCAUUAAACAUGUGCAUACAUAAUACCUAAAACUGUCCAAAAGUGCCCAAACACCCCUUCUGAUUUAUGCUCUGUUAAAUAUGAGAGGUCAGCUCAGCUCAAAAUGAUAUAGUAACUAAUUACAUGGCUGUUCUUGAGUUGACUCAACUUCAGGACACAAAUUGAGUUCACACAACUCAAACUUCUUA